UGAAGGCAGAUGGUGUCCAAACAUCAGAGAAAACAAGCUGAUCUUACCUGAGAUUUUCUACCUACUGCUGCUCCCUCACACCAACAAACACACCCUUCAGGAUGGCUCGUCUUGCUCUGUCUGUGAUUGUUCUGAUGAUGGCGGUCAUCGCUCUCACUGAAGGUUUGCGUGGAGUUGGCCCAAAGAAGUGCUGCUUCAAAUUCAAUGACAAGCCUGUGUCAAAAGAAAAAGUUGUGGGCUACAUCAAAACCAGUCAGCGUUGCCCCAACCCUGCCAUCUUGCUGAAUACAGUGGCAGGCCGUCAGCUGUGUGUCAGAACUUCAGCCACCUGGGUGAAGGAGCUCAUCAACUACCUGGAGACCAAAAAUGUUCUGGGCACAAACUCCACAAUGUAAACGGGCCAAUAAUAUACCCAUAAACCAGCUUACAUGAAUAUGUAGGUUGGUUGUGAUGCUACAGAAAGCAGC